GUUUUCAGCCCUUUAAAGCAGCUUUGUUGCCUGCUACCAGGCCGACUUUUGGCUCCGAGUGUAGGAACCGAUUGCCGUAGGACAUCUGCUGAGAAAAAAGUAAAAUGGAACACAACGGGUCUGCUUCAAAUGCUGGUAAAAUCCACCAGAAUCGACUGUCAAGUGUGACUGAAGAUGAAGACCAAGAUGCAGCUCUCACUAUUGUGACUGUGCUGGACAGAGUGGCCUCCGUCGUGGACAGUGUGCAGGCAAGCCAGAAGAGAAUUGCGGAGAGACACAGAGAGAUGGGAAAUGCGAUCAAGUCCGUCCAGAUCGACCUGCUGAAGCUCUCGCAAUCACACAGCAACACGGGCUAUGUUGUCAACAAGCUGUUUGAGAAGACCCGGAAAGUCAGCGCUCAUAUUAAAGAUGUGAAGGCCCGGGUAGAGAAGCAACAGGUUCAUGUAACCAAAGUUGAAACCAAGCAGGAAGAAAUAAUGAAGAAAAACAAAUUCCGAGUGGUAAUCUUCCAGGAGGAUACUCCCUGCCCCGCGUCCCUGUCUAUUGUUAAAGACAGAAGCCUGCCCGAGAACCAGGAGGAGGCCGAGGACGUCUUCGAUCCCCCAAUAGAUCUCUCAUCAGAUGAAGAAUAUUAUGUUGAAGAAAGCAGAUCUGCCAGGUUUAGGAAGUCAGGCAAAGAGCGCAUUGAUCAUAUUAAGAAGGCAUUUUCCAAAGAAAACAUGCAGAAGACACGGCAGAAUUUUGACAAGAAAGUGAGUGGAAUUAGAACUAGGAUAGUCACUCCUGAAAGGAGAGAGAGGCUUCGGCAGUCGGGAGAGAGGUUGAGGCAGUCAGGAGAGAGGUUGAGGCAGUCAGGAGAAAGAUUUAAGAAAUCGAUUUCAAAUGCCGCCCCCUCAAAGGAAGCUUUUAAGAUUCGGAGCCUUAGGAAACCGAAGGACCCCAAGGCUGAAGGCCAGGAGGUAGACAGAGGGAUGGGCGUGGACAUCAUCUCAGGUAGCCUGGCUCUGGGGCCCAUCCAUGAGUUCCACUCUGAUGAGUUCAGUGAAACAGAAAAGGAGGUGACCAAAGUAGGGUACAUUCCCCAAGAAGGAGGGGAUCCCCCAAGUCCUGAGCCUUUGAAGGUGACUUUUAAACCUCAGGUGAGGGUAGAGGAUGACGAGUCACUCCUGUUGGAGUUAAAGCAGUCCUCAUAGAGGAUUUAAGUAUGAGCAUCCAUUGCUUCGAACCAUGUGGUUGUAGUUUGAAUGGUGUAGCAAUUUAUAUUCAUAUACAGUGGAAAGGCAAAUGGUAUAAAAGCUUAAUUCUUAUCUUUAAAAUCCUAAAGAUGAUGGAAAUAUUGUAUAGAAUUUUCUUAUAAUUUCUUUGGGAAUUCUAUUCCCCUGAGAAUAUAUGACUCUGACUGCAUCCCCCCCCACCUCACCCCCUUAUGUCAUGCCUUUUUGCGGCAGCUCUUGGCCAAUGAGAAAACAGUUGCACGGCUCAGGUCAGUUAGAUGGUUGGUUAUUCAUAGGAACAACAAAUCUGUGCCCAUCAUUCACCAGCAAACUGUAGAUUUGAGUCAGAAUUAACACGUACAGUCUCAAAGGGGAGUAGCUAAUGAGUACAUUGUGUUACCCAGAUGUUCACAUCUGGAGAUUCAUUAGUGAAUCAGUAGCCUUAUGAAGCUUAUGAAAUUCUUGUGUCAGGGAAAGGAAAUAGAAGUUUGGGGCUUGAACAUUUAUUUAGCUGUGGCAACAUAACUUUGUGAGACACUUGGCUGGUCACCACUUAUUCCCAAUGGUAAAAAUGGGGAGGGUUUGCUGGUCCUGUACUUCUUUUUUGGACUUGAGAUCUGAGGAGAUGUCACAGAGUGUGUGAGAACGAGACAUAACAACCACUGGAGAAGCAUGAACCACACUGGCCUCCCCUAAACCGGAACUGAACAGUUACAUCUACGAAGAAGCCCUUGGCACAGACUCGGAGGCCAGAGUUGAUCAAAAGCUGAGGUUGCACUUCACGAGUCUUCACGGAAUGAAGAGU